AUGCUAGGCUUGACUCACGCAUUCUCGAGCCAGCCGGCUUUUCUAAACUGGAAUUUCAUUUUGUUAGCCUUUUCUGGAACGGCCCAAGCUGCCUCGGCCAUUUCUGAGGUCGAUCUCGUCUUUCCCCUCAACGAGACCUAUGCGCCAUCCCGUCUCUUCCCUAUAGUGUUCGCCUUUCAAAGCUUUAAUCCCGCAACAGUUGUAGAACCAACAAUCAACACAGUGGUGACAAACUAUCAUAAUCCAAAUAUCUCCUAUAGCAACAUUUGGUUCUUGGGUUUCCAUAUGUUCAACCGCUCGGAACCCUACUUCUUCACAAGACCUUUCGACCAAUUUGGGACUGAGGGGACUUGGAUCAUCUCCUGGGAGUUGGACUGGAGAAACUGCAAUAUGACCGAGAACCCAUCUCCUGACUAUUUCAUCAAUAGAAAUGUCUCUCGUGGUCACAAGACCAUCUUCACGACCCACAAGGACUCCUCCAAGCAGGUGGAUCUUUUUGCUGAUAUCAACAAUGAACAGGCUUGUUCUAGAUCUUCUGGUGCAACUCUCAACAUUAUAGACACAAGAAAAGUCCCAGACCAGUUCAAAUCCUCCAUGCACUGGGGCGGUGACACCUGUGGCGUUGCAUCUUUACUUUCCAAUCGAGCCGAUCCUUGCCGGGUCAAGAUGAAUGAAACGGUGGCUUCCAAAAUCCAAGCUUCAAUGGUCGCCGAUGACUGUGAGCAGGCAAAGAUCAAGGCCACCGAGCCGGCCGUGAGUUGCCCACCACAAGAGACUGGAGCUGCGGUGCAGCGACACGGUAUUUGGGGAGGAGUCUUCUUCGGUCUUGUUAUCACUGCCGUGCUGAGUAGAUUCUAA